AUGGAAUACCCGCAUCUAAUGGACAUGUUGCUAAAUUUUUUGAGGACAGAACAACAACCAAGGGAGAGAAGGGAAACAAUACGCGUAUUAGGUUUGCUGGGAGCGCUUGAUCCAUACAAACACAAAGUAAAUCAGGGCUUAAUUGACUUUCAAACGGUAUCUACUUUGAUUCCUGUUUCGGACUCCACUUCCGAAAACAUUGACGCAAAUGUCAGUGAAAUGGUCGUCAACAUGUCACCGCUUAUUCUGGAUGAGUUCUACCCGGCCAUUGUUCUCACGUCUCUGAUGAGAAUGCUCCGCGACCCGAUGUUGACACAACACCACACGAGCGUUGUGCAUUCAGUCACAUUCAUUUUUCAAUCUCUAGGCAUCAAAUGCGUGCCCUACAUAUCGCGAGUGACGCCAAGUCUUCUUAAUGUGAUACGAACUACUGACAACAGCACCUUUAGAGAGUUUCUCUUGACGCAGUUGGCACAACUUAUAUCUGUUGUUAAAAUACAGAUUCGAAAUUAUUUAGAAGAUAUAUUUGACAUAAUUAAGGAGUACUGGACACCAAAUAGUCAACUGCAGCCAACUCUGAUAAUGCUAGUAGAACACAUAACAGUCGCCAUCGGACCGGAGUUUAAGGUGUAUCUGCGGAAAAUUCUGCCAAAUAUUCUCCGCGUGCUAAAAUACGACAAUAGUAAGGAUAAAGUUCUGACUGAGAAGCUAUUACUGACUAUACAAAAGUUUGAAAAUAAUUUAGACGAUGUACUGUUGUCGAUAGUACCCGCUGUGACUGCACUCUUUGAUGGCAGAAAUAUUCCUUUGUCAAUAUCAAAGCUUGCUAUGGAGACUAUUGAACACUUGUCGAUGUAUUUGUACUUCAGGCCGUACUCGGCGGUUAUUAUACAGGCACUCGCCAAAGUUUUGGACAACAAUCCAUCUUUACGACAAACCGCCAUGAAUACACUUUGCGCGCUGAUUGUACAACUGGGACGUGAAUACAUUGACUAUAUACCGUCUGUGGACAGAAUAUUGAUGAAACAUAAAAUACAAUGCCCCAACUACAUCGUACUCGUGACGAGGUUGCAAGCUAUAUCCACCUUGGCUUCUGAUGAUGAUUACUUAGAUGAGACUCGACUUCGACUGCGGAAUCAAAAGACUGAUGUCGUAGGCCCUGGUGACACUCAGACCAUACAGAAAUUAUCAUUGAACGUGUCUAACUUACGUAAAUGUUGGUCUAUAAAGAACAUAGUGUCCAAAGAAGACUGGAUGGAAUGGCUGAGACAACUCAGUGUGGCCUUCCUGACAGAAUCAAACAGCCCGGCUAUAAGGGCGUGUUCAUCUCUAGCUCAGAACUAUCCUCAGUUAGCUAGUGAGUUAUUCAACGCAGCAUUCAUGUCAUGUUGGACGGAGCUGGAUGACAAAUCACGGAAGGAACUGGUACAAUCUCUCGAACAUGCUCUCACUGUUCCCGACACUCCAGAGCUGGCGCUCGCAGUUCUAAAUCUCGCGGAGUUCUUAGAACAUUGCGAAAAGGGCGCUUUGCCCAUACCAAUCAAACUGCUCGGCGACACAGCUAUCAACUGCCGAGCGUAUGCCAAAGCUUUAUAUUAUAAGGAACAAGAAUACAAAAGAAAUCCUUCUAAACAAGUAAUUGAAGCAUUAAUACAUAUAAAUAACAAACUCCAAAGAAACGAGGCGAGUAAUGGUUUGUUAGAAAAAGUUAUUACACAAAAGAAGAAUGGUGAUACCUCGCUAAAUGUUCAUGUUAGGUGGUAUGAGAAACUACAUAACUGGGAUCAGGCUCUGGAAUUGUAUAGUAAGAAGCUGGAAGUGGAACCGCAAGAUGAAGACUCCAAACUAGGUAUGAUGAGGUGCCUCGAGGCUUUAGGAGAAUGGAGAAAGAUAUAUAACAUCACCACCGAACAAUGGGACAGUAUCACCGACGAAAAUAGAAAGAGGUCAGCUAAAAUAGCUGCUGCAGCAUCCUGGGGUCUGCAGGAGUGGGAUUCAAUGCGCAAGUAUGUCGAAUUUAUAUCAGAAGAUAGCCAAGAAGGUGCCUUCUACCGAGCAAUCCUUGCAAUUCAUGAAGGACACUGGCAGGAGUCGAGGCAUUACAUUGACUCUGCUAGAAGUUUAUUAGAUGUAGAGCUAAGUGCUGUUGUCGGCGAGAGUUACCAACGAGCAUACGGAGCUCUCGUCAACGCGCAGCUUUUGACAGAACUAGAGGAAGUUGUCACAUACAAACUGGUAGAAGAACGACGCAAUCCUAUUCGGAAAUGUUGGUGGUUGAGACUCCAAGGCGGCCAGCGGCUGGUGGAUGAUUGGAGGAAAAUGCUUCAGAUACGAAGUCUAGUCAUGUCGCCGAGAGAAGACUUCCAAACUUGGUUAAAGUUCGCUUCACUGUGUAGGAAAACAGGUGCUAUCAACCAAGCUCAUAAAAUAGUUCUGUCCAUAUUAGGCUGUGACCCCAUCACUAACCCUGACGUAUUGCUUCGGAUGCAGGAUCCCAGAAUAGUGUUAGCUUACAGUAAGAACUUGUGGGAAGCUGGGAACAAAAGAUACGCGUACGAUGUCUUACAGAGGUUCUUGGACAAUUCUGAACCAGACAAUGACGAGCACUGUAGGCUGUUAGCACGAUGCCACCUAAAAUUAGGAUCCUGGUGCGAGUCUCUUCAAGAAAUUAAUGAGUUGUCCAUCCCUGAGAUAUUAAGGAACUAUGCAGCGGCGACGAUCCUCGCACCAGACUGGUAUAAGGCGUGCCACGCGUGGGCUUGUAUGAGUUUUGAAACAGUUCUCUUCUACAAACAGCAGGACAAUAUAUCAGAGAGCAGUAUAGCGGGAGGCUCUGGGGAGAAGAAAGUGUCGAGGGCAGAUUUUAUAAAUCCUCAUACUAUACCAGCUAUUGAGGGAUUCUUCAAGUCUAUAAGUUUAUCAAAUGGCAGUGCGCUGCAGGAUACACUGCGACUGUUGACGUUGUGGUUUGACCAUGGACAUCACCCAGCGAUAUACGACGCGUUGUUCGAAGGGAUCAGGCAAAUAGAUGUAAAGAUAUGGCUGCAGGUGAUACCGCAACUCAUCGCUCGUAUUGACUCACCCCGGAGUUUGGUGGCCAAACUAGUCCAUAUACUGCUCAUAGACAUAGGCAAGUUACACCCACAAGCGUUGGUGUACCCACUGACAGUUGCGACAAAGUCUUCCUUCGUGACUAGAAAGACCGCUGCGAACUACAUUCUGAAGACAAUGUGUGCACACUCUCAAAACUUGGUGAACGAAGCGGCCAUUAUAUCUGAAGAACUUAUUAAGGUGGCCAUUUUGUGGCACGAUCAAGUAUUCAUUGCGCUGGAUGAGGCUUCUAGAUUAUACUUCAGUGAAAAAGACUACCGAGGAAUGUUUAAAACGUUGGACAAAAUGCACGCGAUGCUGGACCGCCCGCCAGAGACAUUGAAAGAGGUGUCCUUUUUACAAAUGUAUGGACGGGACCUGCAGGAAGCACAUCGCUGGCUAGAACUAUACAAGGAGUCUGGCGAAAACAGGUAUUUGAACGAGGCAUGGGACCUGUACUACCACGUGGUGCGUCGCAUCGCGUCACAGUUCCGCUCGCUGACGUCACUGGAGCUGCAGUACGUUAGCAAGCGACUGCACACCUGCAAGGACUACGAGCUAGCUGUACCUGGCUCCUACGUACCCAACGAGAAAGUCAUCAGGAUAUCGCAUAUACAUAGUCAUUUACAAGUAAUAAAAUCAAAACAGCGUCCUCGCCGUCUAACAAUCCAGGGAUCAGAUGCCAAACAGUACAUGUUCUUACUAAAAGGUCACGAGGACUUGCGUCAGGAUGAGCGUGUGAUGCAGCUGUUUGGUCUCGUGAACACUUUAUUGCAGGCUGAUACUAACACGUACAGGCACGACCUGGCUAUACAGCGGUACGCGGUCAUACCACUGUCUCCCAACUCCGGCCUCAUUGGCUGGGUGCCACAGUGUGAUACGCUAUACAACCUCAUCAGUGAUUAUAGAGAUAAAAAGUCUAACAAGAUGGCGCUCAGUACGGAACAGCAGAUCAUGCUGCGGAUGGCCUCUGAUUACCAGAAACUUAUGUUGAAGCAUAAGGUAGAAGUGUUUGAAUACACCCUCUCUCAAACGCCUGGGAAUGACUUGGCGCGGCUCCUCUGGCUGAAAAGUCCUUCUGCAGAGGCUUGGUUCGAGCGUCGAACUAACUACACUCGGUCGUUGGCUGUCAUGAGCAUGGUGGGCUACAUCCUGGGACUCGGCGACCGACAUCCCUCCAACAUCAUGUUACAUAGAGUCACUGGAAAAGUCCUACAUAUCGACUUCGGGGACUGCUUCGAAGUAACUCAAUCAAGAGACAAAUUCCCUGAAAAAAUCCCCUUCAGAUUGACGAGAAUGCUCAUAAGUGCUAUGGAGGUGACGGGCAUCGAGGGUACAUACCGGUCGACGUGCGAGUCGGUGAUGCAUGUACUACACAAGCACCGAGACAGCGUGAUGGCCGUGCUGGAAGCCUUCGUCUACGAUCCUCUCCUUAACUGGCGCCUCGUCGACAACGACCACCACUCCCUCACUGAGUCCACCUUCUCAUCAGACAUCGACUCAUCCUACACACUCCCCAGCCGAUCCCGCAACCACUUGCACUACGAAUCUCUCGAAAUUCCUCCAGAGGCUAACCUCAACAAGCGAGCGCUCUCUAUCCUCAACAGAAUUAGAGACAAGUUGACUGGAAGAGACUUCCCGCACGUCGAGGCGGUCGUCAGCGUGCCCAAGCAAGUGGACCUGCUCAUCAAGCAGGCGACGAAUAAUGAGAACCUGUGCCAGUGUUACAUCGGCUGGUGCCCCUACUGGUAG